AUGACCGUGUGGAACUCUGUGAGAAUGACCAUGUGGAACUCUGUGAAUGACAGUGUGGGACUCUGCCUGGUGCAGAUCCUGGCGAACGUGGUGGAGGAGGUGAGGGUGUCCAUCCGCCGGGACAUUAACGGGGCCGACCUGCUCUACAGCCUGCUGAACGCGCCCUGGCUCCAAUCACUGCUCAAGGUGUAUGAGUGUCUGCAGCAGCACAUCAGAGACGCCCCCCGGCCCUUCCUGCCCUUCGCAUCUGGAAUCUCUCAGGAGGUGAUGGUGGAACUCUGCAGCGUCCCGUCUCCGUCCCCGGCUGCCAGGGAACUCUACGGGCUUCUCCGGGAUGCCCACCUGCAGGCCCUGCUGUCAGCCCAUGAUGCAGUGGCCCAGAAGGAUUAUGGCCCCAUUCUGCCCCCUCUCCCUGACAACCUUCCUGACGAUGAGGAGGCCAUGAGGAUCGUGUGUCUGGUCAAGAACAAGCAGCCUCUGGGAGCAACGAUCAGGAGGAACGAGGUGACCGGUGAGGUCUUCAUAGCGAGAGUCAUACACGGGGGCCUGGCAGAGCGUAGCGGGUUGCUCUAUGCGGGGGACAGGCUGGUGGAGGUGAAUGGUCUCUCUGUGGAGGGGCUGGAGCCAGAGCAGAUCAUACAGAUCCUGGCUCGCUCCCGCGGGACCAUCGUGUUUAAAGUGGUUCCCAUCUCAGACCGGCCCGUCAACAACCAGACGAUGCUGUACCUGAGAGCGAUGGCAGAUUACUCCCCGCAGCAGGACCCCUGCAUCCCCUGCGCAGAGGCGGGGAUGGGCUUCCACAGGGGCGACGUCCUGGAGGUGGUGGACCAGACCGACGCCCUCUGGUGGCAGGCCAGGAAGCUGCCCAGCACCUCGGGCUGUGCCGGCCUCAUCCCCUCCACCAGCCUGCUAAAGAGGAAACAGAGGGAGUUUUGGUGGUCGCUACCUUUCCAGUCUCAGACCUGCAUAAACACCUUGAGCACAGUGGAUGAAGAAGACGACAUGAUGGCCAUAGAUGAGAAGUGUGUUGAAACAGAUGAAGAAACCUUUGAAUCUGAGGAGCUCAGAGAAGAAGAGGAUGAAUUCUGCAGCAGAGUGGAGGGCAUCUAUCUCACGGGAUUUCGCCGCAGUCUGAGGCAGUGUCGGAGGAGGUCUCACACCAGCGUGCGGCAGCAGUCCUGCUUCUCUCACGGCCCCCGGGGGUCCAGCCUGGCCUGCCCCUAUGAGGAGGUGGUGCGCUACCAACGCCACCCCGGGGACCCUACCCGCCUCAUCGUCCUCGUGGGCCCGUCGGGGGUAGGAGUGAAUGAGCUUCGGAGACGACUCAUCGAAAUCAAUCCCCACACCUUCUCUGGGGCCGUGCCACACACGACACGCAUGCCCAAAACCUACGAGGAGUCUGGGAGAGAAUAUCACUUCAUCAACAAAGAGCUGUUUGAGAAUAUGGUGUACAACCACAGGUUUGUGGAGUAUGGAGAGCACAGAGGGAACAUGUAUGGCACCAGUGUGGAUGCGAUCAGAAAGGUGCUGGACAGCGGGAAGAUCUGUGUGAUCGAUAUCGAGCCACAUGCCAUCCAGGCGGUGCGAUCGCAGACACUGAAGGCCUACGUCAUCUUCGUGAAGCCUCCCAGUGCCUGCCGCAUGCAGCAGACCAGGAGGAACGCCCAGAUCAUCACCAACUACUACAUCCCCCGGGCCUUCAGAGAGGAAGACUUCCAGGAGAUGGAGGACGCGGCCAGGAAGAUGGAGCACCAGUUCUGCCAGCUCUUUGAUCAUGUGAUCGUGAACGACGAGCUGCAUGAGGCCAGCAGGCAGCUGCUCACUGCCAUCCGCCACGCCCAGGACAAACCCCAUUGGGUCCCCACCUGCUGGCUCCGCCCCUCUGAGGGGUGCUGA